GAUUUAAAAACAUCUUUGCUUGAAGUGUAAUGCAGGUACCGCCAUGCAUACCAAAGUUUUAAAAACAUUACCUGAAGAUGCGAACUUUCUUAAAUAUACUUAUACUAGCUGUGCCCGCGACUUCGUCUGCGUGGAAUAGUUAUUUUGGGCAUCAUUAAAGGCCUCAAGGGUGAAUAAUUUUCCCUGUUUUUUUUUUCACUUUUUCCAUAAUUUCUUCGCUCCUAGAUAGUUGCAGCGUGAUGUCAUAUAGCCUAAAGCCUUCCUCGAUAAAUGGUCUAUUUAACACAAAAAUAAUUUUUCGAUUCGAACCAGUAGUUCCUGAGAUUAGCGCUUCAAACAAACAAACUCUUCAGCUUAUUAUAUUAGUAUAGAUUACCUCCGUGGGGUGCAGUUUCUUCGGUACUUUGUUACCAUGGCAACUAAUUUAAAUGUUGUUUAUUGUGGAAUAUGCUGUUAUUUUCAUUUCUUUCGAUCCUAGUAUUAUCUUGGUUUAUUUUUGAUUAUUGUUGUUUUUAUUAAUUUGAAUCAUCAUUAUGGCUAUAAGAAACCCAAGGCUGCCCCUUUUACCUGGCUAUGGAACAAAUACACUGAUAGGAAAGAAGAGCUUCGGCGUUCGCCCUGUGUUCACCAGCAUCGACAAGGUCAAUAUGCUUGUGGACAAGGCCGAGGAAGGGAACCGAGUCCCGUCCAUAUACUGCAGAAAGCAAGCGCCCGACCUGCCCACUUGGAUCAUGUAUGAUAAACAUAUAUUAAGAUUUGAAGCAUAUUUCCAACAAUCGCUACACGAGAUGAAAGUCGGAUCGAGCAUUCUGCGGAAAGUGUCGAUUUUCUUCUUUCUUGAAGAUGGCACUUUGAAGGUAGUGGAACCAAAAACUGAAAAUAGCGGCUUAUCACAAGGAACGCUUAUUAGUCGCCAAAGGAUAAGACUUCCAUUUUCUUAUGACAUGUAUUAUGAUGUACUGGAUUUAAAUGUCGGACGGGAAGUUACAUUCUUUGGAAAGGUUUUUAAGAUUGUGAGCUGUGAUAACUUUACAAGAGUAUUCCUUAACCGCCUCGGAAUUAAUGUGCCAGAUCCGAUUCCCUUUCCCGAUGCUGUCGAGCGAGCGCCUGAUACCAGAAAACCGCCAAAACAUAGACCAUUCAAACAAUUUUUGGAUUUCGACAGACAAGUUUUAAGGUUUUAUGGAUACUGGGAUGAUAGAGAUUCGGAAUUCGGCGUGUUGCAUCAUUUAGAGAUCCACUAUUUCUUGGCUGAUGACACUAUUGAAAUCAAAGAAGUUAUGCCAGCCAACUCUGGAAUGGAGGCGGGACCUAUGUUCUUGAAGAGAAUGCGGUUGCCAAAAAAAAUUCCUCCUCGUGUCGAAAUGACAGGCGGGCCAAAACCGCCGGCGUAUGGGCCCGCGGACCUGAGUAUUGGGGCCGUGGUGAAUGCUUUCGGCAGAAAUGUCGUGUUGACCGACUGUGACCCCUACACUAAGGAAUACUAUAGGAUCACGUAUGGUAUAGAUGCUUUCACGCCUCUGCCGAUCCCAGGAGAUGAAAAGGAAUGUGUGAGCACGAGCACGGCAGAUAGACAGCUGCCACCAUGGAACGGUUACGGUUCCUACGAAGACUCCGCCCAGAACUGUCGAACGGUAGAGCCCAAGGCACCGCAUGGCGAUUUCAUUAAGUUUCUUCAUAAAGACAGGGUUGGGUUUGACUCUCAUGUACUGAGAUUCGCCGCGCGCCUCAUCACAGACAACCCUGAGGACUCUCGCAGAUAUUUCAUCAUCAAGUACUUCUUGUCUGAUGACACGAUCGGAGUGUUCGAGUUGUGCGAACGCAAUUCUGGUUUUACGGGAGGAAAGUUCUUCCGUCGUACCAAAAUGUAUCUGCCAGAUGUUGAGUUCUUCGUGCCUAAGGAACCGCCAGCCUACACCGACCAGGACAUGUGGGUUGGCAACGAGUUGGUUAUCAACAAGCACCGGUUCCGAUUGGUAGCCGCUGAUGAGUACGCGCUGCGGUAUUUAGAGGUCAACCAGUAUCCAAUGGCCAACAUAACCCUGAUAAUGGAUAAAAUUCGACGCACCUUAGCGUCGGUGGAGAAUGGAUACAAGAACUUCGUGGCUAAGUACAUGGAGGCGGUGCUGCCCGACAAAAGAGAGCUCAUGUCCGUCAGGUGUUUCAAACAAGCAAUGAAGGAGAUAAUGUGUGAGAAGAUGACCGAACACGAGUUCCUGACGCUGAUCCGACAUUUCCGCGGAGACCCAGGCAUGGAGAAGAGCCCACGACGAGAAAUGAUUAGGUCUUUAGUAUUCACUGACCUAACGCGCGGUCUUUGGGACGACCGCGACAGACUUCGUGAGGGUCUUAUGCACGCGGACGAGGUCGGCACCGGCGUAUUGUCACAGCAUCGCCUGCGUCAGCUGCUGAGGGCUCAUCGCCUGCCCUUGAAUGGAGAUCUUAUGGACUGUAUGCUGUCAGUAUUGAAAAAGGAUGAAAAUUGCAACAUUCUUUAUGAAGAUUUGAUGGAUUUCCUAGACUUUAAGACUCGACCUGUGUGUAACCUCACAGAGGAAGACUAUCAGAAAGUUGUGCGACACGCUCCUCCUGUUAAGGAUACAGAGUGUAAGUUAUGGGCGGAGGCGGACAUGUUUAUACACGAUGGCUACGUAAAUUGGAACGCUUUCCUCUGCCAGCUCAACUUGGACCAUUUAGUCAAGGACCAGUCGUAGUCUAUAGAUCGAGUAAAACAUGGUAUGUAUAGCUUUAUAUUUUGGGUGCAAUAGUUUUGGUA